AUGAUCUUCCGUGAAGGACGCGUCGAAAGGCAGAAGACUCGCGGGAUGGUGGAAAUUAACAGCUGCCUCAUUUUGUGCGAACAUGAGCCGAACAUGUAUGUUAGGAUCCAAGGUUGGAGAACGCUAUCACACGGGAUUCUCGGUGGUUUUGGUCCUAGGUUCACCCAACCAUGGGUAUCCGCGCACAUAAGGGUCCUCAUGUCAUCUGGACAUGUCAACCGCACUGCCUGUGUUUCAGGUUUUCUACAGCAUUACCUAUUCGCACCGCGCCUAGGUACGCUUACUUUAUACUCAGGUGCCUCAUUCGCGCCGUGCGACCGUGGUUACCUACGUUCACUAGUUGGCGUCCAUCGCUACCCGGGCAUGCCACCUUCGUUGCGCGGGGACUUGUUACUGCUGCAGUAA